GGCCUAUAGCCUGCCAGCCUGUCUUGCUACCAGGGGGCCUAUAGCCUGCCAGCCUGUCUUGCUACCAGGGUGCCUAUAGCCUGCCAGCCUGUCUUGCUACCAGGGGGGGCCUAUAGCCUGCCAGCCUGUCUUGCUACCAGGGGGCCUAUAGCCUGCCAGCCUGUCUUGCUACCAGGGGGCCUAUAGCCUGCCAGCCUGUCUUACUGGCAUAGUUGAAUGGUGCUAGUAACUUCAAGUGGUUGUGUUUUGUCUGGCUUCCCAUUGUACGCCCACUCUUACAGACACUAGUCUUGUGUGCAUGUGCUAUAGUUAGCUACCAGACAAAGCUUACCGCCCACAUACAUCAUCCUCAUAUCCUCAUAUUUGUUUGCUUACAUGUGAACUCUAAACCUCCUACCAGCCAGACAGUCUCACUCACUAUAUAUAGCAGCUAGUGGACUGUUUGGCUGGGUAUCAAGACUAUUGGUUUGUUGGCACUAUUGAUAUUCAACGCCCAACAGACACACACACACACACAAACACACACACACACACACACACACACACACACACACACACACACACACACACACACACAGGCCUAGAGUGUCACUGCACUGGCUGCAAGGACACUACCUACUGCACUGUACAGGAUGGUGCUUGCUUCACAUCAUCAACUGUUUCCAAUCAUUUAAUUAUGGGUUGUCUGCCUGCGAGUCUAGCAUCACUAAUGUGCGACCAAUCAGAUUCAAGCGUUCAGUGUUGCCAUAACAACCAUUGUAACCUAGUCGGAAGUGCUGGAAAUCAACGAUUCUUAAGAAAUGAAGAAGAAGCCACUGAAAUGCCUGACAACGCUAUUCUAUUGGGUGUUGUAAUUGGGGUGGUUGUCGUAGGUACUAUUGUAAUUGCAUCUCUAGUAGUGGCCGCCCUCUGUUGUAUCUUAUACCGGAGGCAGAAAAGAAAGACACAACAUCCUGUUUCCACCAUUGAAGCCACACCCACUCCCGAGGUCCGCUGCACGGCACACACUAACAACAACUGUCGUGCCAUUCUUCCACAGAGUGAGAGUAUAGGAUCACUCAUAAAGGCGGCCAUGUUUUAUGGUGAUCCCUUGUCACCGCUUGUCCAACGCUCUAUAGCACAACAGACAAUGCUAGAGAAGUACCUGACAAAGGGAGGAUUUAGUAGUCGAUAUAUUGGGCGAUGGCGUGAGGACAGAGUGGCUGUGACCGUGUUCUCUGUCAAGCAUCAACACUUCUGGACUAAUGAGUCUACCAUACUGCAGCUUCCACUGAUGAGACAUGACAGUAUAUUGAGCUUCAUUGCUGCAGACACUGUAUUCAAGAAAUCAGUUAACCACCUCUACCUCAUUAGUGAGUAUCAUCGUAGGGAGACCCUCAGGGAGCACCUCGUUAAGAGCACACUGGAGGUAUCAGAGGCUCUGCUGUUGAUCAGCUCUCUUGUGUCUGGAGUGGAGUACUUACACAGUGUGCUAGCUCAGGAGAGCAGAGGUGGGGUGGUGGUGAAGCCAUCCAUUGAACACUGCAACCUAACCAGUCAAAAUGUCUACGUGGACAAGUCAGGUUCAUGUUGUCUGAGUGACUUUGCCUUGUCAGUAACUCAGAGUGGGUGUGUCAGUGGGUGUGGUCACACUGCCCACUCAGACAUAAGAUACCGCCCACCAGAAGCAUUAGCCGCUACCACUACUGACGCUGGGUUCGAGGGUUUAAAGAGUGGAGACGUGUACUCCCUCGGACUCAUACUCUGGGAGGUGGCCAAUUGCUGCCUAGUCCAAGGUGAGGACAGUGUGUACUCUCUACUGUACUCUGACCUCUUGGACUCUGAAGCCACACCUACUAGAGACAAUAUGAUGAGAAUAGUUUGUGAGGAGGGAAAGAGACCGCCUCUACCAGAGCAAUGCUCUAGAGAUGAGAACACACGACUGGUUCUGGCCACCAUUGACGAGUCCUGGAGCUCCUCUCCCUCGCAAAGACCAACCACACAACAACUCAAGGAGACACUGCAAACAUCGCUAUUGCCAGCCAUUAAAUGGCAAGUAUCAGUUGACAAGAAUGGACAAACAGUGUAUAAGCAAAUGACUUCCUAGGAAUUAUGACAAACUCUUGUACAUAAUAACAAAAAGAGGUGCUGCAAAUAUCAUCAUCGUUUUUUACUGCUUUUUUGUGUCAGAAUCAUUCAAUUAUUUUUGUCCCCGCAUCAAUAUUACAUUUCACUAAACUAUAAUUAUAUA